UGAAGUGAGCGCGGAUGAUGCGGCGCCCCGGAGAGAGCUCAUGACCUGCGACAUCUGACCGGCUCCUUGAACCCUCAACUGGACGCAGGUCUGCCGCGCGGAGAGACCGAUGAGCUGAGCGUGUACCUGCAAGCUGCUCAGAGGCAGAUCCUCCGCAGAACACGCCCUGAUAGAAAAGGUAGACACACACACACACUCUCUCAAGCCGGAUCACUGAGGAGCUGAGCUGCGCACCUGGAAAACAACAGCCCCAAUGCUCCACCGCAGGCUCGCACCGCCGGACUCCUACCACCAAAUGAAAUCGGGACGCGUUGAUCAUCACGGACUUUGGUUUGUCCCGAGGAGCUCUUUAAUUCACGCGCGCGGCAGCUCGGAGCACCUGGACACCCCGCGGGACUCUGCGGAGGAAUAGAGGCCGGUUUUGUUGCACCGAGCGGAGCGUCGUUCUACCGGCUGGCUGCGGCCGAGCGAGCACCAUGAGUAGGAAGACGCGGCGCUGGAUCUUCCACUUUUUCCUGUGCCUUGGAGUGUUGUAUCUGAAGAUCGGGGGUCUGUCCUCGGUGGUCGCACUGGGAGCGAGCAUCAUCUGUAAUAAGAUCCCCGGCUUGGCCCCCCGUCAGAGGACGAUCUGUCAGAGCCGACCCGACGCCAUCAUCGUGAUCGGAGAGGGGGUUCAGAUGGGGAUCAACGAGUGCCAGUUCCAGUUCAGACACGGACGCUGGAACUGCUCGGCCCUGGCGGAGAGGACGGUGUUCGGGAAAGAGCUCAAAGUGGGCAGCAAGGAGGCCGCGUUCACCUACGCUAUCAUCGCAGCCGGGGUCGCCCACGCCGUCACCGCGGCCUGCACCCAGGGGAGCCUGAGCGGCUGCGGCUGCGACAAGGAGAAGCAGGGCUUCUACAACCAGGAGGAGGGCUGGAAGUGGGGCGGCUGCUCCGCGGACGUCCUCUACGGCCUGGGGUUCUCCAAGGUGUUCGUGGACGCGCGGGAGAUCAAGCAGAACGCCAGGACUCUCAUGAAUUUACACAACAACGAAGUGGGACGCAAGGUCUUGGAGAAGGGCAUGCAUCUGGAGUGCAAGUGCCACGGCGUGUCGGGAUCCUGCACCACCAAGACGUGCUGGACGACGCUCCCCAAGUUCCGCCAGCUGGGAUAUGUCCUCAAGGACAGGUACAACCAGGCCGUGCAUGUGGAGCCGGUGCGGGCCAGCCGCAACAAGCGCCCCGUCUUCCUGAAAAUCAAGAAACCCCACUCCUACCGCAAGCCCACGGACACGGAGCUGGUCUACAUCGAGAGGUCGCCCAACUACUGCGAGGCCGACCCGCUGACGGGCAGCAUGGGAACGCAGGGUCGCCUGUGCAACAAGACGGCUCUGCAGCCCAACAGCUGCGACCUGAUGUGCUGCGGCCGAGGAUACGACACGCACCAGUACUCGCGCGUUUGGCAGUGCAACUGCAAGUUCCUGUGGUGCUGCUACGUGAAGUGCAACACAUGCAGCGAGAGGACAGAGGUGUACACCUGUAAAUAGAAAUAUUUAUUGGGCAUGUAUUUGGACGAGCGUGGCCGAUACACGCGUGCGGAGUGACUGACAUUCUCUCAACAAUCACGACACCCGGUUCCUCCAAUGUGUGUCGAUUAUACUGAUGCCAAUGGACAUCUGCCUUGACACUGGACUCAAUCUAUGGGCUUAUACAUUUUAUUUUUUUCAUUUGAAUGCCAUUUCCUGCCCCAGGCUUGACUUCUCUGCUGGCAUGACUCACCUCAAGCAGUUGUUUUUAUUUCUAGACUAAUAAUUUAUUAAAUGAGAAAACUACUGAUGAUUUUGGAAAAUUCACUGUUGACUAAAUCUGGUAAGGUUUUAAGUUGGUGUAGAUGCCUUCAAGUGGACUUAAAAGCAUUUUUUUUUUUAACAAGACAACUUACACACUGGAGCUCUACUGAAAGACACAUUUGCGAGCCUGCAGCUCAUGUGCUUUAAGCCUAGCAGAGGAACAUUAAACUACUGAUCCUGGGCUCGCUAUGAUAGUAUUGUUUCCACUCGUCUCUGUCCCCGUCCCCCACAGUUUGCUGCUAGUUGUCUGGAAUGUUACAGAGUUUGUGACUUAGCAGCAAUAUUGACUCUUCAAGCUAAGAUGAAUGUCACCAGGAGCAAAUGCGAGCUUCCAGACAUGACUUCCCCCUUAAUGUUGAUUGAUAGAAUAUAUUUUGUAAGAGAUUAUUUUUAUAUAAUAUUUUUUUUAAUUUAUUUUCUAUCUCUAUGUAAGAUAUUUUCCCUUAGCAUUUCUAACUGUUGAGUUACUGAGUUUGCCACUGAAGCACUGUUUUGAAAAAUUGUGCCUUGUUCCUCGGCAGUGGAACACGAUAACGUUGAAUGAAAUGUGCAGCAUUGUGAUUCAUAACCCAUUUUAGGAAACUUUAUCUCACCUGGCUUUGCCACCUGUAGAGAGACAAAGUCCUGACGUCACCACCAUGCUAGCUGCUGUUCCGCUAACGUUAGCUUACGAAGCUUCUUUCAUCUGCCUUUCUGAAAAAGUAAAAUGUCUUUUUGUGGUUUACCAUCUAUAGCCUAAGUUCAACUAGUAUCUGCAACAGCUUUUGCCAUUCAAAUUCAAACCCUUGGAAAUUUAAACAAAGGUUAAACAAAAUAAUCAUUAGCAUAAUGCUAUACAUUUUUAAUGGUGCGGUACGCCUGUGGUACGUAUUAGCAGUAAUACGCCAUUGUAACUGUGGCUCUCUCUGUUAGCUAUGAUACCCACCCUCGUGUUUUUGUCAUCUUUCCAUCUUAUGAGCUGUAAUCUCUGCUGUCUAAACAACGUUUGGGUCAUUCUGCCAUGACUAGCAUGACGUGUGAGUAACAAAGGUCUUUAAUGGUGUUUGUUAAAGGCUGCUAACAAGGAAAAAUUAAUAAACAUAAAUAAAUAUUAAAUUUUUUUCUAAAACUAUCUAUCCAUCUAUACAUAUGGAUUGAACCACAUGACCAACCCAUUCUCACUCCCAACACGUCAAAUUCCGACGCUUGGUCAUUGGCAUGAUACAGAUGCCAAGGUGCAGCCUUUAGCAUCUGUAUGGGACGCACUGGGCUUUCAAAUCUGCAUCAUUAUGAGACUUCAUAGCAACCGAGAGAGUAUAAAGAGGGAGGAAACCUGUUAAGGGCAGAUGUGAGGGGAGGUCGGACAGGUCAAGCAAACACAGGACUUUCACCCAGGAGACUGCCUGCUGUUUAUGUCCAAGAUAACUUACACACUUAACUACACUGGUUACCCAACAAGCGUUCUUAUUUUACAUAAAAACAUACUUAUUUGAACCCAAACCAUGAUGGUUUCCUCAGCCUAUCCAAGUACUUUUGUUGUUGAAGUAAACCUAAAAACUAAGUAAACCUAUGUUGGAAGUUAAUUUUAAAAGACACUGACGAAAACUGUACAUUUCUUGUGAACACAGAGGACUGCUUUGAAAAGAAAAGCAUCAUAGUUUGAAGUGUAGGACCACUGACCAGGUGCUGGUAUUUAGCGAGUUGGGAGUGAGACUGUUGAGGUUAUUAUAUUUCAGGAACAGAAUCUGGGAGUUACAGUUUCACUGUGGCUCUCUAUGUGGAUAAGCACCAAUACACAGCUCUACUUUUGGGCUCUUUGUCUAUUCUCUCACCAACACCAAGUAGGGCUGGGUAUCAUUUCAUAUGAAUACUUAAAAAAAAAAAGAUCAUUAGACAGUCAGAAGUAGAGAGAUUGGGAAGAGAUGGACGGUGGAAUAUCCAACAAAUGGUCGGAUCCUUGAACUCUACACGUCCAGGACAUCAGCUGUACAAAACUAAUAUACCUGAGUUUCUCUACCAAUACAAAAACAAAAUGAGUAAAAUAAAUAAAUAUGAAAUAUCUGAUUGGGGAAUAAAUAAACAAGACAACAAAGCCAGACCAAGCAAUUCAAUCCAAUCUUCUAAUACUUGAUAGUCUGAACUUAAUGACUUUGACAUUGUGAUACCCAGCCCUAAUACUUCAACAUAUAACAACCAAUCCUAACCGGGACACUAGUGGCCAGUUGGGAUUGUACAGUAUACAGUAGGUUGAUGGGUGCAGCAAACAAUGCAGUUUUUUUUUUAAAUUCACAGUUCUCUCGUUAGGUUGUUAAAAAGACUUUCGAGUGACGUGACAUUCAGUACUGACUCAGUCCUUGUUAAAGCUUCUUCUUGCAUGAGACUGAACUGACGAAGCAAUAUCGCCCGCUGCUGCAGUGCUCUUAAAUCAGAGGUCACUGUUGACGUAUUCCAAGUAAAACCACGUUGUCUUUUCAUUCAUCUUUUGGCUAAUAAAAGUUGUUGUUGUGGGAGGUCA